AUAAAGUGAAAAAAUUUGUUAUUUAAUUUUCACAUUUGUCAUAUGUAAAUUUUUUAAAAAUAAAGAAUACAUUAUAUAUCUCUAAAAUUGUAAUCAUAAAAUAUAAAUAAUGCAUUUUAAUGUAUGUUUAGUUUAUUCAGUGAUGUGCCAAUUAAAGAAUUGAAUUUAAUUAAAGAACUAAAUAAAUCAGAAAACUUAAUAUCAGAACACGAGAAGAGAGCUGAAAGAAACAAAAUUUAAUUAAACUGAUUAAUUAUUUUGUUAAAAAGUCAUGGUUAUUACUAUAUUGCUAUUAUUCAUCCCUAUUUUACUGAUAUAUAAUUAUUAUGUACAUCAUGGAAAAAAGGGACGAUUUAUCAAUCUUAUACCAGGACCACCCGGUUAUCCGAUUCUUGGAAAUGUAACCCAAUUUCUUGGUUCACGAGAGAAACUGUGGAAGUUGUUGGUGAGCUUGCCUAACCAAUACUAUCCCAUUUUAAAAUUGUGGGAACUUUUUUUUCCCAUAGUACACGUCCGUCAUCCCGAUGAUUUAGAGGUAAUAUUAAGCAGCACGAAACAUAUCGAAAAAAGUAUUCUUUAUGAUAUAUUACAUCCUUGGUUCGGAACUGGACUUCUCACUAGUGGAGGUAACAUCCCAUACGAGAUUUUGCGACCAGCCUAGUACUGGGCCUGUAAUGGGUGUCAGAAUUGCGGUAUUGUCGUGGUAUUUGUAAUACUACUAAUCCAGCACUGGCGCAGCGUCGAAUGAUACAUAAUUUCGAUCUAAUACUGACAACCCAAGGAGCGCCAAUGCACAUAGAACGUACUUUUAAUGCGCGUUUUAUUGCAUUGGUUUCAAAACAAAACGUUACUUGUGUGUUUAAAAUGCGCGAAUGUAACAUGUUUGGGCAUAUUUGAGAUAUAUAAUUUAAUAUAAUUCUCUAUAUUUAUAAA